AUGGAUAGAGCUUUGAUGGCUCUUUCUCUUGAUGAGGAAGAGGAAGCUCCUUUUGUUAUGCCGGAUCUCCCAGGAUUCAGUUCUGCAGAAGAUAACGUUUUAAGUAUCAUGGGAAGAGCGUUGAAUCCAGAGUGUCAGAAAAUGUCUGGGCUCAUUCUAACGAUGUCUAGAAAAUGGCAAAAGGAGGGAAGAGUUAGAGGUGUAGCUCUGUCGAAAGAGAGAUUUCAAUUCAUUUUCCAGUCAGAGCAUGAUCUUUUGGAUGUGUUGGAUAAGGGCAUCCAGACUUAUAAUGAGUGGGCUCUAGUUUUGGAAAGAUGGGUUGAGAACCCCCCAGAAGACUAUCUUCAAUACGUUCCUAUAUGGGUUCAGAUUGGCCAGAUUCCAGUGAACUAUUACACGAGGGAGGCUUUAACAGCGUUGGGGGAUCUGGUUGGGAAGACGAAAGUGGUUGCUUUUGAUCCUUCAAAACCAAUUACUCAAGACUUUGUGAGAGUUCAGGUACUUUUUGAUGUAUCCAAGCCACUUAAAACUCACAGAGUGCUGGAUCUUGGUGGAGGAAGGACUACUACUAUUCGUUUUCACUAUGAGAAGGUGCAAAAACGGUGUUUCACCUGUCAGCAAUUAAAUCAUGAGCAACAGAUUUGUCCUUUGAAGUUUAGACAGAGGCAGGAAGAAGCGGCUUUAAGAAGAGAAAGAAGGCAAGAAGUACUGCACCAAAGAAAGCCAGUCUUGGAUAAAGAUGAUCCUUUAUUUGGUGUGCUGAAUGAGUCGCAAGUAGGGAUUGAUCCACUCACAGGAAGGCCAAAAAUUGUUAAAGAAGUUCUAGAUGAGAUGAGAAGAUACCUUUUGGCUGAGGUGGGAGAAGAUAUAUUGGUGAAAGUGGAUCGUGUUCAGAAAACUGUUGAGGAAGCAGAAAAGGAUCCUGUGGCGCAGCGAACCAUCUUAAGGCUUGAACCGGUUCCUGUUCUAUCCUAUGAUCUGGAUAAGGGCAAAGGACGAGUUUUUGAUUAUGGAGAAAAAGAAGAGGCAUAA